AUGAUACAUUAAAUGCUUAAAGGGUGAUUUGUAAAGUUGAUAAACUAUUCUGAUAAGAUUGUUAAUAAAACUGGUUUUUCCAUUGAACUGAUUGCAGAUAUCAUUUGUUUAAACUGCAACAUAGGAAAACUUAAACAAAAUGAAGCAUAUUUGUAUAUUUUUACUCGUAGCAGUAGCAGCUGCUUCUGCUAGACACGUCAUUCCUAGUCAUGUUCAUCCCCUGUCAGACAAAAUGAUUGAGUAUGUCAAUUACAUGAAUUCCACAUGGAAGGCUGGUAGAAACUUUGAAGGAGUUAGUUUGAAAUACAUUAAGGGAUUACUAGGUGUUCACAAAGAUAAUCACAAGUACCGUUUACCUUCAAUUAGGCAUAGAGUUCCUAGAGAUCUUCCUGAUUCUUUUGAUGCUCGUGAGCAGUGGGCAGAUUGUCCUUCAAUCAGUGAAAUCAGAGAUCAGGCAUCUUGUGGUUCAUGUUGGGCGUUUGGUGCAGUUGAAGCUAUGUCUGAUAGAAUUUGUAUUCAUAGCAAUGGCAAAGUUAAAGUAGAGGUUUCUGCCGAAGAUCUUCUAACUUGUUGUGAUAGUUGUGGAGCAGGGUGCGAAGGUGGAUACCCUGGAUCUGCCUGGGAAUACUGGGUGGACAAAGGUAUUGUUUCCGGUGGUCUUUACAACUCACAUGUCGGUUGCCAACCAUACAUUAUUCCUUCCUGUGAGCAUCAUACUAAAGGAAAACUACCUCCCUGUGGAGAUAUUGUUGACACUCCCAAGUGUGUUAGCAUGUGCGAAAAAGCUAAUGUCAGUUACAGGGCAGACAAACAUUUUGGAAAGAAAUCAUACUCUAUUGACAGCGACGAAGACCAAAUAAGGACUGAAUUAGUAACUAAUGGACCAGUGGAGGCUGCUUUCACUGUUUACGCUGACUUUGUUACUUACAAAUCAGGUGUUUACAAACAUCUGAGUGGUGAAGCUUUAGGUGGUCAUGCUGUUCGAAUUUUGGGAUAUGGUACAGAAAAUGGUACUCCAUACUGGUUGGUUGCAAACUCCUGGAAUGAAGACUGGGGUGAUAAAGGAUACUUCAAAAUCCUUCGAGGACAAGAUGAAUGUGGUAUUGAAGAUGAAAUCGUUGCUGGUAUUCCCAAGCUUUAAAUGAACUUACUAUCCUACUUUAAUGUACAAAUUGUUCUCAAUGAUCUUGUUUAAAACUGUUUUUUAUUGUGAUUUUUACCUAUAAUUUUUUUUUAAUAAAACUUUUAUAAGCUA